CGCUAUCGGCUCCUUCUAAGAAGCAACCAGCUCAGAAUGCUGCCCCUCGCGUGCGUCCUCGCCACCGUAUUCGCUGUGCUCGCCACCGUGCUCGCACUGACGAAGAAGCUCACCGCUCGCCAACGGUGGAGUCCUCGCGAGAAGACUAUCGUGCUCACUGGCGCCUCCUCUGGCAUCGGCUCGUCUCUCGCUAGAACCUACGCCGCGCAGGGAGCCAAGCUCUACCUUGUGGCUCGGAGGCGUGAGGCGCUCGAGGCGGCCUGCGAGGAGUGCAUGGCGGCGGGCGCGAGCAGCGCUAAAGCGGUGGUGGCCGACGUCUCAAGCGAGAGCGGCUGGGAUGCGAUCCGCAGCGCCAUUGGAGACGACACCGUCGACUUGCUCGUGCUCAACGCCGGGCUCUCCAUGGGCUCGCCGUUUGCCUCGCUGAGCGAGCGCAAGGAGGCGAUGGGCAUCAUGAAGCACCUGAUGGACGUCAACUACAUGGGCGCGGUCGGCGUGCUCGACGCCUGCCUCGGUGCCAUGCGGCAAGCGGAGGGCGGAGUCCGGCUGCUGGUGGUGAGCAGCGUGGUGGGCCUCGUGGCGCCGCCCACCCGGACCGGCUACGCCGCCUCCAAGUUUGCGCUCAAGGGCUUCUUCAAUGCGCUGCGUGUCGAGCUCGGGAUGAGUGAGCAGGUGCCGCCCACGAUCACGCUCGCCUAUCCCGGCGCGGUCAAGACAAACAUCAACCGCGCGCGCCUGCGGGGCGGCGUGGACGGCGGCAGCGGCGCGGUGGACCUCGAGCUCGACAAGAGCAUGAGCGCCGACCGCUGCGCCUCGAUCAUGGCUCGCGCUCACGCGGCGGGGUGCCGGGAUGUCUACUAUUCCAUCGACGGCACUCGGGUCGGCGCCGUCAAGACGAGGCUCCUCCGCCACCUCGCCUUCUUCUUCCCCGCCGGCGCCGACAAGGUGCUCGCAAAGAGCAUCGGCGCGAUGAGCAAGUCGCGCAGGCAGGUCAAGGGCCUGCUCAAGGGCGUCGCCAAACUCGUCAUCGCCAGCUCUCGCUUCCAACCCACGCCCUCCUGAGACGGGCGUGGCGUGGACGGCGGCCGCGUUGUCGCUUGUUGCGAAGCGCGUGUACGAUGGGCUCCAAUCUGUCUAUUGCCAUGCGGCUCUCUAUAAUUUAUUCAACGGUGUUCUUGCUAUGCGGCUCUCUAUUUAUUCAACGGUGUUCGCCUCAGCUGGUGAGUGCAGAGUGUAUUCUCUCCGCAGCACCGGACAAGACACAAGUGUGUAGACUUUCAGAGUUUCCCUCAGUUGAGCUCGAGAGAUCUCUCGCAUGUCGCAAUAUUGCGUGCCGCCGGAGCCCGGAGUGUGCAGAUGAGAGACGGCCUCGGGCCCUCUGUCUCUCUCGCGGAGAUAGAGGUGUCAGGAGUGUCAGCCCUGUGGCUGUGCCGUGCGCGGCCGCGGGCCUGCACCGUGCACGCGCCACGCCGACGCGCGGUGUGUGACCUCUGACGUGUGUGUGGUGUGUGUGCGUAUACCUAAAUGCGGUGUUACACCGGU